AUGUCUCCGGCGGCAAAGCGCGCUCGUCGCCGAGCCGCGGGACGCAGUGGUGGCAUCUUUGAGCGUGUCCCUGGCUCCAGCAAGCCGUAUGACUUUCGCUACGUCCAGCCACCGGCGCAAACGCACACAUCGGGCCACCAGACUCUUGACCGGUGGCCGACGCCAGACCUCUCCCCAGAACAGGCGUCCUUUGCGCUCAACCACGAACAGCAACAGCGAAUGUCCGAGCCCUUUACCUCACCCGGCAUGACCAUGGCAAUUAGAAGCCGGAAGCCAGCAUACAGCCUCAAUCAGCCCCAUCACGACAUUGAGACAAGCAGGAUCGCCACGACCACGCUGAGCGAGCACACGAUCGCCGGCCUCGACGCCGCACCACAGCCCACACGCACCCGCAGCGGCGAUGGCCAACUGCAGAAGUCCAUGAAUGGCAUGCCCGACCGCUUCUGCGAUUCGACUGUAGGCGCACAGGUCGCCGAGUUGAGAGGCAAGUACCAGGAGCGCAAGGUACGGCGGGAGGUAAAGGGGUCGGAGCGGGCGGCAGAGCGGGAGGGGCGGCAGGCUCAGGACGCGAUCUUGGUGGCUGGGGGUGGUGCGAGUGCGCGGGGGAGGGUCAGUCGGUGCUUUGAGCACCUGGGCGGCGAAGAGAGCGGGAGCAGGGACGGGGUGUUGGCCGAGCAGGAUGUCGGUAAUCGGCGGUUCUUUGGGUUUGGGCGGAAGGGACACUGA